GAUCCACGGAAACGUUCUUAGCUUGGUUGAUUUGUUGAGAAAUUCUGGUUUCCAAGCAGAGAUGGGUUCCCAAGCUAGUUUGUUAAUAAAAAUACAGUUUGUUGUGUGUACAUUCGAAUGAAUAUAUGUUAUCAGUAAUCCCUGUAACUGUCCACCUGGAUCUAUGGUGUCUAGAGUGUCUCCAGUGUCUCCAGGAUGUUGAGCACGGAAACUAAACGAAAACUUCCUCAAAUAGCAGCUACACUUGGAGCCUGCGCCGGAGCAUUCUCUUUGGGAACAGUGAUAUCUUGGUCUGCGCCUGCACUUCAGCAGAUUAAUCUCCAGGAGGGUCAGGAGGCACAGAUCGCAGCUCUCAUCUUUAUUGGAGCGGCUAUUGUUCCAUUCUUUUUAGAUUUUACCAAUGAAAGAAUUGGUAAAAAAUGGAGUAUGAUGCUGUUGGCUCUCCCUGCAAUCCUCGGCUGGAUAAUGGUUGGACUUGGUGAAUACUCAAUCAUCCUUUUCUAUAUAGGCAGGUUGAUGACCGGGUUUGCUGGCGGAGCUUUUGUUAUUGCUGCUCCUGCAUAUACUGCUGAAACUGCUGAGAUCAGUAUCCGAGGUGCACUGGGAAGUAUGAUGCAGUUGAUGAUUACUAUUGGAAUACUAUUCAUGUAUCCAGUUGGGUGUUCAGUAUCCUGGCAGACUUUAACCUGGAUCUGUGUUGGAUUCCCAGUUAUACUCCUAAUCUGGAUGUUUUUUAUGCCAAGAUCUCCAACAUAUCUCAUCUCUAAGGGACUGAUAAAGGAAGGACGAGAGACUCUUCUAUUUCUCCGAGGAUCCGAGUACAACAUAGAUCAAGAGAUACAGGAAAUAGAAAGAUCGCUGGAGAUUUCUAAAAGCAUGGGCUCCGUUAGUUAUCUUAGUUUACUCACGGAGAAGAGAUAUCGAACCCCGUUCCUUCUCUGCUUGGUUCUCAUGUUCGUCCAACAGUUCUCAGGGUGCAACUUCAUUGCUGCAUACACUGUCAAGAUAUUCGAGAAUGCUAAUUCAACUCUGGACUCUUGCCUCAGUUCAUCAAUAGUUAUGCUGACUCAGUGUAUAGGAACAGCAGUCACAGUACUAAUAGUAGAUAGAUUCGGACGGAAAAUAUUGAUUAUGGUUUCUCUGGCUUUUGUAUCCUUAUCCUUGUUAGGCCUGGGAACAUACUUCUAUCUGGAUGAACAUAGAGAUCUAAUAGAUGAGGAGACGUUGUCUAGUCUUGGAAUCAUUCCCUUGAUUUGUCUCAUUCUUUUCAGCUUCACCUUCUCCCUGGGUUUGGGACCUCUGCCAUGGGUUCUGAACGUUGAGCUUUUCCCCCCAGAAGCUAGGGGUAAAGCAGCUUCUGUUUGCACCUGUUUUAACUGGUCCUGUUCUUAUAUAGUAGUCUACUUUGGUAGCAUAUUAGAGGAGGCAAUCGGCUCCUCAAGUUGUUAUUUUUUGUACGGCGGUGUCUGUAUUCUGGGAGGAAUAUUUACAUUAAUAUUUAUACCAGAAACCAAGGGCAGAACUGAGGCUGACAUGAGGAAACAUUUUGAGUAGAGAUUAGAGAUUGCUGCUUUGUCCACAGUACGUCUGUAUCUGUUAACAUACAGGGUUACCAGUAUCUGUUAACAUACAGGGUUACCAGUAUCUGUUAACAUACAGGGUUAC